UUUUCCCCUCCCCUCUUCUGGGCUGCUGAGUAAGACCGAAGGACUCACUAGACAUGGCUUCCCAGACUCAGGGGAAGAAAGCAGUUUUAGAUAUUCGGACCUGGGAGCAGGCAUUUCAAGAGCUGAUGCAGCAGGAGAAACCCCGGGCCACAUGGACCCUGACACUGGACGAGAAACUGGAGCCAGAGUACCUCCCCGAGGGCUGGAAGCAGUACCAGCAGAAAGGAUUUGGCAGGUUCCAGUGUUCCUCAUGCCGGCGAAAUUGGGCUUCCGCUCAAGUGCACAUCCUCUGUCACAUGCACCUGGAGCCCCGGAAAUCCCAGGGCCAGGUGAUUAUGCGGCUCUUUGCUCAGCGGUGCCAGAAGUGUUCCUGGUCUCGAUUUGAGAAUCCUGAAUUCUCCCCAGAGAGUGCCAUGCGGAUUCUGAAAAAUGUGGUGCGGCGUAUUCUGGAGAAAUUCUACGGGAAUGGCUUUAGGAAGUUUCCGGAGCUCCCCAUCAUCCGGGAGGUGCCUUUAGAUGGGUCCCAUGACACAAAAAAUUGUGAAGCAUGCACUCUGGGCUGCUGUUCGUGGAGGUCACAAAACAACAUGACAGAACCACCAAUAUCCCCAUCCUCCUAUUUGGAUAUUAUGAGUUCCUCGUGUCACAUGGGUGAUGUGGACAGCAAAAACCAGGAGUGUGGGUCUAUCCAGGUCUUUAAGGACCCAGAGCCCAGCCAUACCAAUGCAGAGACUCAAGUACCAGGGGCUGGCAUUCAGCCCACAUGGGAGACUAGUAAACAGCCCACUCCAAUGACAGACAGGGAGGCCCCAGAGGGAAAUUCACAAUCCACACAGGAGACAGCACCACAGACCCCCUGGAGGACAUACUCUGAGGUUUUAAGGUUGGCCCGCCAACAGUCUACACAGCAGUCACGCUCACAAGCCACAUGGACCAUGUCAACGAUGAUACGGUCAUACACUCAGACUAGAGGAAGAACAGCCCCCUCUGCACUAGGGUCACACCUCCAUCUCACACCCAGGACAGCUAGGGGGUUUGUGAUCGUCAGUAGAACUCAAGCUACCUGGAGACGUUCACACAGAUAUGCUGUUCCAAACACCGGUCGCAUGUACCUUCAUUCCAUGCAACGAGAUACAUUCUCUGAACUGGAUGUAUUUUUCUACCUCUGGAUCUGUAUUGUUUUGUUCUUUGUCUUUGUAGGCAAAAACUCAGAAGCUGAAGGAGGGAAAUAAAUUUGUCUUCUUUUCUUCUGUCUUAAUUCCAUGGUAAUCAGUGAACUGGUUGCUAUUUUAAUAUGACACAGAAUAUACUAUGAGAUCUAGCAGGGUCAAGUUUGUAAGAAUAAACAAUAAUUUCCUAGAUCUCCUUAGCAGAUAGUCUAAAACAACCUAGCAGAUAAUGGACGAAUAAAAAAUAUUUGUUGAAUCACUAAAAGCUCUUCACUCAUUCAUCCAGUCAUUCAUUUCUCUCUCU